GCCUUACCUGGCUAAGCACAGACCUUGGGAGUUCUUCCUGCUUUGCAAAAUGAUGACUAUCUCUUUGAUUUGGGGAAUUGCUGUGGUAGUAUGCUGCUGCAUAUGGGUUAUCUUUGGCAUAAGGAGAAGGAAAGUAGGGGAACCUCCACUGGAAAAUGGGCUGAUUCCAUACCUGGGUUGUGCUCUGAAAUUUGGGUCCAAUCCUCUUGAGUUCCUGAGAGCCAAUCAAAGGAAGCAUGGUCAUGUCUUUACCUGCAAACUAAUGGGGAAAUAUGUCCACUUCAUCACAAACUCCUUGUCAUACCAUAAGGUGUUAUGUCAUGGAAAAUAUUUUGACUGGAAAAAAUUUCAUUACACUACUUCUGCAAAGGUAUUUGGACACAGAAGCAUUGACCCAAAUGAUGGAAAUACCACGGAAAACAUAAACAACACUUUUACAAAAACCCUCCAGGGAGAAGCUUUGCAUUCACUCUCUGAAGCCAUGAUGCAAAACCUCCAUUCUGUCAUGAGGCGGCCUGGCCUUCCUAAAUCAAAGAGUGCUGCCUGGGUCACCGAAGGAAUGUACGCCUUCUGCUACCGAGUGAUGUUUGAAGCAGGAUAUCUAACUCUGUUUGGCAGAGAUCCUUCAAAGCCAGACACACAAAGAGCGCUUAUUCUAAACAACCUUGACAACUUCAAGCAGUUUGAUCAAGUCUUUCCAGCGCUAGCAGCAGGCCUUCCUAUUCACUUGUUCAAGACGGCACAUAAGGCCCGGGAAAAGCUGGCUGAGAGUUUGAAGCAUGAGAACCUCUCUGUGAGGGACCAGGUCUCUGAACUGAUCCGUCUGCGCAUGUUUCUCAAUGACACUCUUUCCACCUUUGACGACAUGGAGAAGGCCAAGACACACCUCGUUAUCCUCUGGGCAUCUCAAGCAAACACCAUUCCUGCAACUUUCUGGAGCUUGUUUCAAAUGAUCAGGAAUCCUGAAGCAUUGAAAGCAGCCUCUGAAGAAGUGACUGGAGCAUUACAGAGUGCUGGCCAAAAGCCCAGCCCUGGAGGGAAUGCCAUUUAUUUGGAUCAAAUGCAACUGAAUGACCUGCCAGUACUAGAUAGCAUCAUCAAGGAGGCUCUGAGGCUUUCCAGUGCAUCCUUGAAUAUCCGGACUGCUAAGGAGGAUUUCACUCUACAUCUUGAGGAUGGUUCCUAUAACAUCCGAAAAGACGACAUCAUAGCUCUUUAUCCACAGUUAAUGCAUUUGGAUCCUGAAAUCUACCCAGACCCUCUGACUUUUAAAUAUGAUCGGUACCUUGAUGAGAAGAGGAAGACAAAGACCUCCUUCUACAUCAAUGGGAACAAACUGAAGUAUUUCUAUAUGCCAUUUGGAUCAGGAGCUACAAUAUGUCCAGGAAGACUAUUUGCUGUCCAAGAAAUCAAGCAAUUUUUGAUUCUGAUGCUUUCAUACUUUGAACUGGAACUUGUGGAGAGCCAAGUCAAGUGUCCCCCUCUAGACCAGUCCAGAGCAGUUGGAAUUUUGCCACCAUUAAAUGAUAUUGAGUUUAAAUAUAAACUGAAACAUCUGUGACAUGCAGUUGGAAGAAGAGGGCACUGGUUGAUGUUGCUGGACUCCAGAGAGCCAUCACUGAACAGGC